AUGGGGUUCCGAUUACUGGCUUCCAGGAAGCUCACAAGUCUCCAACCCUACUCCGCCAACUUCUUUCUUCGCUCAAUUGUCACUACCAAGGAAAAGCUCGUCGGCGAAGUUGGUAAAAAAUUACCAGCUAUGGCGAGGGCGGUAGCGACGAGCUACGGUCAGUGUUCAAGGAGCAAUCUCUACGUCUCGUUCUUCUGCACUCUCAUUCACCUCUACUUGUCCUGCGGCAGAUUGUCCAGAGCUUCCGAGGCUUUCUACGGCAUGAGAAGUCGAGGUAUGAUUCCUGUUUUGCCCCAGUGGAAACAGCUUAUUUACCAGUUCAAUGCCUCUGGGUUGGUCUCUCAGGUACAGGUUGUUUAUGACGACAUGUUGUCCUGUGGGGUUUCCCCCGAUCUCUUCAUUCGCAAUAUACUGACCCAUGCCUGGUGUAAAAUGGGUAGUUUGAGUUCGGCUUUAGAGAUGCUUAGGAAGGUUGAUAUUGAGACCGACACUGUUACGUAUAACACCGUGAUCUGGGGGUUCUGCAAGCAUGGUCUAGUGCAUCAGGCUUUUGGUCUUUUGUCCGUUAUGUUAAAGAAGGAUGUAGAUUUUGAUUCUUUUACUUGCAAUACAAUGAUUAAAGGGUUUUGCUCGAUAGGGAUGAUCAAGUAUGGGGAAUGGGUUAUGUAUAAUUUGUUUGACGGAGGGCUUUGUAAAGAUGUCGUAGGUUUUAAUAUAUUGAUUGACGGGUAUUGCAAAGUUGGAGAUUGUAGCUAUGCUCUUCAGCUGACAGAGGAGAUGGAAAGAGAUGGUAUGUUGCCCGACAUUGUUACAUACAAUACAUUGAUCAGUGGGUUUUGCCAACAAGGUGAUUUUGAGAAAGCAAGGGAUUUAGUCGCUGAAAUCUUACAGUCAAGGAGAGAUACUCGUGUCGGUUGUGCAUCAAUGCCUGAUAAGAAUGGUGAGGAAGAAAGUAUUGUAUUGGAACCAAACUGUAUUACACACACUACGCUGAUAAGUGCUUACUGUAAGCAGUAUGGGCUUGAAGAAGCAUUGGCAUUAUAUAAGGAAAUGGUUGUAAAUGGUUUCUUGCCUGAUCUGGUUACCUAUUCUUCCAUCCUAAAUGGUCUUUGCAAGGGUGGAAGAACGUCUGAAGCAAAAGAGAUUUUGAAGGAGAUGGAGGAGAUGCAUGUGGAUCCCAAUCAUGUGGUAUACACUAAUCUCAUGGAUUCAUUGUUUAAAGCUGGCAGUGAAUGGGAAGCAUUUAUGUUCCAAAGUCAGAUGGUCGUCCGUGGGUUUACCUUCGACUUGGUUGUAUGCACUGCUCUCAUAGAUGGGCUCUUCAAGUCUGGUAAGCCCGAGGAAGCAGAAGAGAUGUACUACGCACUUUCAAAGCUUAAUCUUACUCCGAACAACAUUACCUAUACAGUAUUGAUUGAUGGGCAUUGCAAGUUAGGAGACAUGGAUGGUGCAGAGUCUUUAUUGAAAGAUAUGCUAGAGAAGCAUGUCAAUCCAACUGUCGUAACUUAUGCUUCUAUUAUAAAUGGAUAUGUAAAGAAAGGCAUGUUGGGUGAAGCUGUUCAUGCAAUGAAGAGAAUGUUGGAACAAAAUAUUGCUCCAAAUGCUUAUAUCUAUGCCAUACUAAUUCAUGGUUACUUCAGGGAUGGUAAACAUGAAGUUGCUUUUGACUUUUAUGAGGAAGCUAAAUUGAGUGGAUUAGAACAGAACAAUUUCGUACUGGAUGCUUUAGUAAAUGGCUCCAAAAGAGGGAGAAAGAUAGAGGAAGCUGAAUGCUUACUUAAGAAGAUGACUUCUAAUGGAUUAUUGAUUGAUCACAUUAACUACACAUCCUUGAUGGAUUGCUUCUUCAAGGCCGGAAAUGAAUCAGGUGCUCUAGAGAUUGCCGAAGAAAUGAGACAGAAAGGUAUAAUGUUUGAUGUUGUUGCUUAUAACGUGUUGAUGAAUGGGCUGUUGAGGCUUGGAAAAUAUGAUGCUAAAUCUGUUUAUUCUGGAAUGGAGAAGGUAGGCCUUGCACCAGAUUGCGUCACGUACAACACCAUGAUGAAUGCAUACUGCAAGCAAGGGAAAGUGGAAGAUGCUUUUAUGAUCUGGGAAGAAAUGAUGAGUUCUGGAAUCCUGCCAAAUUCAAUCACUUGUAACAUCUUUGUACAGGGGCUCUCUGAAGCUGGACAUACUGAAAAGGCGACUGAUAUUCUGGAAUAUAUGAGAAUUAUGGGAAUACAGCCUAACCAAAAUACUCAUAGGUUUUUGCUAUGCUCAUCUGCAAAAAGCAGAAGGGCAGACAAAAUCUUUCAGAUGCAUCAGCAACUUGUCAGCAAGGGACUCAAGGUGAAUCGAGAAGUUUAUAAUAAUCUUAUUGUCAUCUUAUGCAAGCUAGGAAUGACCAAGAAAGCAAAUUGGGUAUUGAGAACUAUGACUAGAGAUGGUUUCUUGCCAGAUACAAUUACUUACAAUGCCCUUAUACGAGGUUAUUGUGAAGGCAGUCAUGUCCAUUCUGCUUCAGCAACAUAUAAGCAGAUGUUAGAUAAAGGAAUUCCCCCAAAUAUAGUAACUUACAAUAUCCUCUUGGGUGGGUUACUAGCUGCUGGUUUACUGGAAGACAUACAAAAACUAGUGACCCAGAUGAAGGAAAAGGGCUUACCUCCCGAUGCAUCCACAUAUGAUACUUUGAUAAUUGGCCACACGAAGAUUGGAAAUAAGAAGGAAGCUAUAAGAAGUUACUGUGAAAUGGUUGCAAACGGUUUUGUCCCAAGAACGGGCACCUACAAUAUGCUUAUUGCAGAGUUCUCCAAGAAUGGAAUGAUGGAACAGGCUAGGGAGUUGCUGGAUGAGAUGCAACGCAGAAAGGUUCUUCCCAAUUCUUCCACCUACAAUUUACUGAUAAACGGGUGUUGCAAUUCAUCUAGACUACCACAACUGCCCAAGUCACUAAGAAAGACCUACCAAGCUGAGGCGAAAAGAUUGGUCAGGGAGAUGAAUGAGAAAGGAUUUGCCCCAUGGGAGGAUACUCUUGCCUGCAUCAGGUCUACUUUUACUAGGCAGGGAACAUGGAUGAGCUGA